GGGCGGACGGCGCGGGCUCCCCCGCGGGCGCCCCGAUCCCGCGCCCGGGGCCGCCCCGGGCCCCGCGCGACCCUCGCUGGCGGCGCCGGGAAGCGGAACUCUGCGGCGGCCGCGCCGGCUACAUUGUUUCCUCCUCGCGCCUCGCGCCCGCCCCCCGCCCCCCCGCGCUGCCCUCGCCGGCCCGGCCGGCCGCGGCCCCGCGCCGGGACCUCCGCGGCCCACCCCCGUCCCCCGGGACCCCGCGCCCCGCCCCUGCCCCCGCGGCCGCACGGACCGUCCCGCAGGCCGCUGAUGCUGCCCGCGGCGAGGUGGCCCGGACCGCAGUGCCCACGAGAGAGCUCUCAUGGUACCGAGUUGCAGGCCGGCCUUCUUGUGACACAGGGAAAGCAGCCCUUCUGAGAGGAUGUCGACGAUACAGGCCGCCUGGCCGUCCGGUACAGAGUGCAUCGCCAAGUACAACUUCCAUGGCACGGCCGAGCAGGACCUGCCCUUCUGCAAGGGGGACGUGCUCACUAUUGUGGCCGUCACCAAGGACCCCAACUGGUACAAAGCCAAGAAUAAGGUGGGACGUGAGGGCAUCAUCCCUGCCAACUACGUGCAGAAGCGGGAGGGCGUGAAGGCAGGCACCAAGCUCAGCCUCAUGCCCUGGUUCCAUGGCAAGAUCACGCGCGAGCAGGCGGAGCGGCUGCUGUGCCCGCCCGAGACGGGGCUGUUCCUGGUGCGGGAGAGCACCAACUACCCCGGCGACUACACGCUGUGCGUGAGCUGCGAGGGCAAGGUGGAGCAUUACCGCAUCAUGUACCACGCCAACAAGCUGAGCAUCGACGAGGAGGUGUACUUCGAGAACCUCAUGCAGCUGGUCGAGCACUACACCUCAGACGCAGAUGGACUCUGCACCCGCCUCAUCAAGCCAAAGGUCAUGGAGGGCACGGUGGCAGCCCAGGAUGAGUUCUUCCGCAGUGGCUGGGCGCUGAACAUGAAGGACCUGAAGCUGCUGCAGACCAUUGGGAAGGGGGAGUUCGGAGACGUGAUGCUGGGAGACCACCGGGGGAACAAGGUCGCCGUCAAGUGCAUCAAGAAUGAUGCCACCGCCCAGGCUUUCCUGGCCGAAGCCUCAGUCAUGACGCAACUCCGGCACAGCAACCUGGUGCAGCUCCUAGGCGUGAUCGUGGAGGAGAAGAGCGGGCUCUACAUCGUGACCGAGUACAUGGCCAAGGGGAGUCUGGUGGACUAUCUGCGGUCUCGGGGACGGUCGGUGCUGGGCGGAGACUGUCUCCUCAAGUUCUCACUGGACGUGUGCGAGGCCAUGGAGUACCUGGAGAGCAAUAACUUCGUCCACCGGGACCUGGCGGCCCGCAAUGUGCUGGUGUCCGAAGACAACGUGGCCAAGGUCAGCGACUUCGGCCUCACCAAGGAGGCUUCCAGCACCCAGGACACGGGCAAGCUGCCCGUCAAGUGGACAGCCCCAGAGGCCCUGCGAGAGAAGAGAUUCUCCACCAAGUCCGAUGUGUGGAGUUUCGGGAUCCUCCUCUGGGAAAUUUACUCCUUCGGGCGAGUGCCUUAUCCGAGAAUUCCCCUGAAGGACGUGGUCCCUCGGGUGGAGAAGGGCUACAAGAUGGACGCCCCCGACGGCUGCGCGACCGCCGUCUACGAGGUCAUGAAGAAGUGCUGGCACCUGGACCCCGCCGCCAGGCCGUCCUUCCUGCAGCUGCGCGAGCAGCUGCAGCACAUCAAGACGCACGAGCUGCACCUGUGACGCGGCGGCGCCGUCCUGCAGCGGCCGGGCAGGGCCGGACCCCACGGACUGCAGAGUGGACCUGGUGCCCCACUCGCGGGGUCGGACCCGGACUGAGCCCGGCGGCCCCCUGGACCUCAGCCAGGCCCAGCUCCGCCCAUGGACCUGCGGGGGGGUGGGGGGUUGAGGAGCCGGGGUGGGGGCUGCCCCUGGCCUCCCAUCUCUCUCUCUCUCGCCUUCUUAGAAUUUUGUCCUUUUCCCCUUUUUUGAGAUUUCCCCCCCUCCCCAACCCCCCCGUGUGUUUAUUUUUUAUUAUUUUUCAAGAUAAGGAGAAAGAAAAAGUUCCCAGCUCAUGGGGCAUUUUACAAGAAGUACGAAUCUUAUUUUUCCCCGACCUGCCCGCCAGGCCCGGGGAGCCCCGUCCCGACCACCCCCCCACCCCCCACCCCCCGCGCUGCCCUUGUCCGUGUCCCGUCUCCCUGUCGCCUCGGUCGCCCCGUGUUUGCGCUUGACCGUGUUGCACUGUUUGCAUGCGCCCGAGGCAGGCAUCUGUCAGGGGCUUGGAGUCUGUGUGCUGCCCGCCCGCCCCGUCUCCCUGUGAGAAGGAUCGUAAUAAACCGCCCCCUGAGGA